UAAUGCAAGAGUAAAAGUUUGGGCAAAGCAGACCCCUUUCAUCCUUCAUAUUGAAUCGGAAAGUUCAUACUUUUAAAGAAGACAUCUCCUUGUUUUGUAUAAUCUCCAGUAAAUACAGUUUCAGUCUUUACAACGUCUCUUGAACAAGGAACAGAACAAUGCGCGUCAUAUCCGAUAAGAAAAAUGUAAACACAACUAAUCUAUAUCACGUGGUGCAAUCUACAUCAGAAUGAAGGCAAUGACUCUAACCCUGUCUGAAAUUUUAAUUAUUACCGAUUUGAGGGAUCGCGUCCUCGCACGCCGUCAGACUAAGUUGCUGAUUUAUUAAUCACAAGAGUUGCAAUUUACUUUGAUGAUUAAACGUUGAAAAAAACUAGAAGAGAAAGCCGAAAGUGAUCAACUCAAGAAUUUUAUCGAAACAAAGACGGCCUGUCGCCAUGAUGUACGGGCUUCUGCUGUUGUUUUGCGCCUUUGCUUUCGGGGACGAAUUGAUUCCUAGGAUUCUUCGGGAUGCCGAUGACGUCCGAGGAUUUCCGGACGACUUUGCUUUGUUGAGAGUGACGACGAACGAUGUAAGCGGUGCCACUUAUUACUGGAUGAAGGACAGCAAAAGAAUCGACAAAGACACUACGCCACAAUUCAGUGGUAUCCAUGACCGCGUGCUGAUACCGGUGGGAAAAGGAAGAGAAUAUGCUGGCGUGUAUCGGUUCGUUAUGAAAGCCAAAACUGGAACAAUCAUGGGGAGGAAGAUCACUGUCGAAUUUACUUAUCUUGGAGAAUUUGACCUUGGCUUUCAAAGACUUUAUCAUCCACCGGUGGUUAUUGGUCAAGCAAACUUCAUUCGUUGCCCGAAGCACACCCCAGGAAAUAACAUCAUCUACAAAUGGGGAAAAAGGUCCACGAUAACCGGUGCUAAUUUUCUAAUGAACAAACCAAACUAUCUUGUUCUUGAUGACGGCACGUUAUUUUAUUCACACAUCACCGAAAAUGACGUUAGGACAUUUAACGAAAGCAAAUGGACGUGCGCCAUGGAGGUGAAAGUUAACAAUAAAAAUUCAUUCGCAUGGGCCAAUCACGUUGAAACAGAACUAAGGAUUGUCGGAACGAACAUGACAGAAUUUGGACCGAAUAUCGUUACACCUCUUCCACAGGCUAAACGGUUUGAAGAAGGAACAACCAUAUCGAUGAAAUGCGCCGCAACUGGACGACCAACGCCAAAAUAUUCUUGGAAACGAAUCGAUGUUUAUGGCAAAGAAAUAGCCGUGAAAGACGGUAAAGGUGGCAUAACCUUUGAAGAUCGUGAUGAUCGAUUAUUGAUCAUCGAUUCAGCGAAGAAGGAGCAUGCUGGUCGAUAUUUUUGCACUGCAUCAAUCGGGGAAAAGAACGAUACAGUCGAAGGCUCGUUGAUUUUUGAAGUUGAACCAAAGUGGGUUGGCGAAAAAAUUAAGUCGGCGAAGCCAUCAAUUUAUUCAACUCAUUCGUGGACGUGCAACGCAUCUGGUUUUCCUGAGCCAACAUACAAGUGGUACAAAGACGGAAAAGAGCUUGGUGACAGUGGAAAGCACAGGAUUAAUGAGGGAACAGUAACAUUUCCAAGACUGGAGCUAACUGAUUCUGGCAUGUACGAGUGUGUUGCUGAAAACAGUUUAAACAACAUUUAUCAAACUGCUCAUUUGAAUGUCAGAGCGGAGAAACCUGUUUUUCACGAAAACACCGGCACGAAAACAUUAUUCAUCGGAAAUAAAGGAGUGAUUGAAUGUCGUGCAAAAGCUGCACCAUCUGCCAAGAACACGUGGGAAAAAGAUGGCGUCAAAAUUGAUUUCACGUUUUCAAAAUAUACUCUUGCCAAUCAUGAAAAUCUCGUUAUCCAGAGGGUAAGCAAGCAAGAUAUUGGAAAUUAUACUUGCUACGCUAAAAAUACAUAUGGAAGCGAUUCAAAGAAGAUAAGCGUUCAGGUCAUUGGUGAAAUCAAUUUCGUUGACACCCCCAAAAAUAUCGAGAAAGUUAGGGGCGAAACAUUUAAAUUAAAGUGCAAAGCUGAAGGCGAUAAAGACAGUGCUACGAAGCUGGUGAUCAAGUACAAAUGGCAAGUCGAUGGUAAAGAUCUUGUUUAUGACGAUUCGGUGGUUUGGUCAGAACAGGCUCACGCCCUCAUCUUCCUUAAAACUGAGGUUGCGCAAAGUGGUACUUAUGAGUGUAUUGCCUAUAUUGAUCAACCCUCGUAUGCUGAAAAACGAAGCCGAGCCAUCGUCAAAAUUAAAGGUCCUCCCGAAGCUCCCAAUAAGGUUGAAAUUGAUGGUAAUUGCAGCUUGUUCAUUGCUAAGAUAAUGUGGAGUACCACACCGUCGAACCAGAAUACCAUUAAACACUUUAUCAUACAAAAGAUGACGUCGUACGGGGUAGACACUUGGUACAACGUGAGCGAGAACGUGGAUGCAAAAGAGUUUAUGUGGACUGUUAAAAAUCUAUCGCCUUUUACGAAAUAUCGUUUCCGCGUUCUUGCUAUCAAUGAGAUUGGUACGAGCGCACCCAGUGAGCCCACAAAAUUUGAUAACUGCGUCACACCUGCUAAAGAACCAACGAAGUGUCCCAAUAUCAGCGCCUUUCCAGGAAAAGCCAAUGAAUUGACAUUAAAAUGGGAGAAAAUGGACCGCAUAUAUCACAAUGGAGGUGAUUUCCAUUAUGUUCUUGAGUAUUAUUCCUCGAUAAACGUCAAUCCAACACCAAAAAGAUUUGAACGCUACCAGCACGAAUUCAAGAUCCCAAAUGCUGGUUAUUAUCAUCUGUGGUCGUAUAAAAUCCAAGGGAAAAACAUAGUUGGUGGUGGGCCAUUUUGUGAAGGGAAUGCCUAUUCUGGCCAGAAUGCUCCGGACAAAGCACCUUCGCAACUUACUGUUAGUAAAAUUGGUGCCAGAUACUUCAUUGUCCAGUGGAAAAAACUUACAUUAAAGAGAGGAAGCGUUGAUGGCUAUAACCUCAUUUACAAUCAACUUGGCACCUCUUCAACAUCGCGUCGUUCGAUCAAUGCGAAUCUUUGCACGGAGGAUAGUACAUGCGAACUGAAUAUCAGCGCCAGCCUCACAUCCAAACGUGUCGACGGUCUUCUACCCGACACCGAAUACAGAAUAUCUCUUCGCGGUUAUAAUAGCGGCGGAUUUGGUCGCCGUAGUGCACCCAUUUUAGUUCGAACAAUGGAAGACGUACCCGAGGCAGUUGCUACCCUUACCCUCACGCCGUACGCCAAGUUUGUUAAAGUAGAGUGGACGGAACCGAACCAACCAAACGGAAUUAUCACCAAGUACAGAAUAUCCAUUGAUAAGCAACCCAAUUUUAAACCUAUCAUUCUUAACGCCAAUACCAAAAAAUACAUCUUCGAUCGCCUGAGACCAAAGACUGAAUAUAUCGUGACCGUACAGCCCAGUACGAGUAAAGGUUAUGGCAAGAAACGUGCCGACUCGGUCGAAACACUUUCACCACAAGUGCCUGCGGUCCCAAAAGCUCCGAUUUUGGAAGGUAUUGGUGAAAAUGGUGUAAACGUGACUUUCCAAGAAGGACAACCCGAACAGGGAUUUCCCGAAAAAUUCCUCGUGUAUUAUCGCAUCAAAGACGGCGAAGAUACGGAAUGGGCUAAUUUGACAGAUCCUGUGGACUAUUUUGGUACGGAUGGUAAGUCGUACGUGGAAAUAUACGAUUUGAACGAAGGGGUGAUGUAUGAGUUUACCACCAUUGCUUUGAACAACGAGGGCAAAAGUGAAAAGGGUGUCAUUGGAGAAGUUCGCCCAGGAAACAAUAAAAAAAAAGCUAAAGCAGACACAACUUCGCUGGUCAAACGCGCCUGGUUCAUUGUUGUCAUCAUAAUAGUUUUCUUGCUUCUGAUAUUGCUGAUGGUGGCAUUGCUAAUAACAAGGAAACGCGGCGAAAGAUACCCCGUUGGAAAACGAGAGAAGAAGAGAGCAGGUGGUAUACUUGAUAUGGCAGAUGAAGCGGAUUAUGGCGCGUAUCCCAUGAAAGAUCACAGGUCAAACGGAAAUGGUGUGAACCGGCAAAACAGUAACGCCUCAAUGCCAUACAGAGAUCCUGACCGCGAUAGUUUGGAGGCGUAUGGUGAAGAAGAUCGUUUCGCCGAGGAUGCAGCUUCAUUGAUCGGUGUUUAUAACGAUGACCGAAAACAUGGCAAAGGUAAAGGCAUGUUCGAGCCGGAAGCUGUGUAAAAGCAACAAGAGAGGCUGUGCCUAUGGUUAACGUCGGUUUCGACCAAGAGAUAGCAUUGCUCGCUGAGUCCGUUUCACACUUUUUUUAGAUAUAAUAGUUUAAGUUAUUUGUAAUUAUUUGAGCUGACAGCGAUCAGGUUUUUUGAACUGAUUUAAAAUAGUGAAGAUAGUACUUGAAGACUCUGCAAAAAGGAAUAUUUUUAGAAAGGUGAAUCAUUACAUGUUAUAAAUAACAUGAAUUCAACGAACUCUUCAUUAAAGAGAUGGCCGUUUUUGUAAAGUUUGCGAGGAUCAACUUUUAGUCAAAACUAUUUCUUAACGUUAUUUAUGCAACGAUAUACAACUGUUCUUAAUAUAAAUGAAAUUAGUCUGUAAAUUAGUAAAUAUUAGUUUUAUUUCAUAAAUUAUUUCAUAUUUUUACUCAAUUUUCCAUACAGAAUUCAGAAAACCACGACUAA